GCGAGGUAUAAACGUCUGAGACCACGGGGGAAAGUGCAUCAGUUCAAGAGUGUCACGGAGGAGGAAGAGCUGAAAAAUCUAAAGGGCAACAAAAGGAGGAAUGUGCAAAAAGCAAGAAGGUGAAAAAGCAGCAGAGGAGGAGAACUGAUAGAGAAUACAAUAACAACAAAGAGUUUUCAGAGGCAAAGGUGGAACUCCAGCAGAAAUGACAAAUUCAGCAGCAGUCAUCUUGGCUUCCUUUUUGCUGCUGAGAGCCAGUCUGCCUUGUUUUUCUGUCAGCGGUGAAUGCUUCUUCAACACGAAAGCAAGCUGUGAACACCUGGGGCAGGUACAUAGGAUCGGAGAGAGCUGGAUGACCAGUGACUGCCUCCAGUGUGUCUGUAUGGAGCCUUUCGGAGUUGGGUGCUGCGACCUUGUCUCUAAACCAGUGGAUUAUCCAGAGUGGUGUGAGAUCAUCCGCAAACCGGAUUCCUGCGUCAGCGUCGCAGUGAUGAGAGUCAAUCACAAGCUGCCCUGCCUCUGGGGACAAGGACGCCUGAAAACAGCAGGACAGCCAUGGAUACCUGACAACAAUCCUUUAUUUUGAGUUUAGAUCUCUGAGCAAAGCAGAUAUCUCGAGAAAUGAAAAAGUUAGUCUUUUAUUUUGAAAUAAGGUUGGUAACAUGCAUAUCUGAAAAGUCACAGCCAUACAUGCACGCACACCUAAACUACUAUUUUAUAUUUUAACAUAAAGUAUUGAUUGGUUGUUUAUAUCUGUUUAAUGUUACAAAUGAUGAAUCGUUUCUGACUUCAUUGGAUGUUUUAAU